CUUCUCGUCCUCCUCCUCCAUCUGCUUCUCUCUUCAGUCUAUGGUCGCGCCUCUGUCCGCAGCAAACCGCGCGAGGGCUACUCCCACGAAAAACAACCGCACAACAAUCAUCGAAACGUCGAGUAAACACCGUGAUCUAAUGUCAAAAUGGUUUCCACGAGGACAUAGGAGGUCUUUGAGGCGACGCUGGCCACCGAGUGGUUGAAGAAGAUGAUCUCUUGGCUCGGGGAGGCUGUGCUGUUGCUGCUGCGUGGGGGAGUGGGUCCUUACAUCCUGUGGCGUUUCCUGUGUUUGUAAACUAGACGCUCUUGGAAAAUCGUCGGCCCGACCUGAGCUACAAGUUUGAAUGCUAGAUGAGUGAGGUGGGUGUGGCUUCCCACCAGCCUGACCAUCCUGACUGACGGCUCUCUGGAUGACCUUGUCCCCACCCCUGUCCCUGCGCUCACACACACCGUUACCACAGCAAUGUCACAUCUGCCCAGCAGCUCAGUCCGCGACCAUAUGAAAUGGGCCGGUCUGCUUGGCUGCGAAGCGGUGCUCUCCAGCAUGGCCUUGAUGCAGGCGAGCACCAUGGCAGCUCCACCCAAAAAGAUGAUGGCGCCACUCGGACAUACACCGCCUCAGAGAGACGGACCUGACCGUGGUCCCCAGAGUCACAUGAUCCUGCCGUCUGGCAUGAGCUGUCCACCUCUGCUGAUCCGGAAGGAAGGUGAAUUCCAAGCUCCGCGCCUGCUGGACGAGAAGGACAUGAGGACCAAUGAGGACCUGCAGCAGAAAAAAAAGAACAGGAAAUCAGUGGCGCCCUGUAAAGUGAGAGAACAAGAGGGAAGGGGAGGGAAGGGCACAGGUGGAGAUGAGAACGGUCCAUCUUCCAAAGUACAGAAAAACUUUAUUUGUGACCACUGUUACGGAGCGUUUAGAAGUGGAUACCACCUGAAAAGACAUAUCCUCAUUCACACAGGGGAGAAGCCGUAUGCUUGUGCCGUAUGUGACAUGAGGUUUAUUCAGCGUUACCACCUGGAGAGACACAGCCUCAUUCACACGGGGGUGAAGCCGUAUGCUUGCUCCAUGUGUGACAUGAGGUUCUUCCAACGUUACCAUCUGGCAAGACACAGCCUCACUCAUACUGGGGUGAAGCCAUACGCUUGCUCCAUUUGUGACAUGAGAUUUUUCCAACGCUACCACUUGGCAAGACACAGUCUCAUUCACACUGGGGUGAAGCCAUAUGCUUGCUCCAUGUGUGACAUGAGAUUUUUCCAGAGGUACCACCUGGCGAGACACACUCUGACACAUACGGGGGUGAAGCCGUACGCUUGCUCCAUGUGUGACAUGAGGUUCUUCCAACGUUACCAUUUGGCAAGACACAGCCUCACUCAUACUGGAGUGAAGCCCUAUGCUUGUACCAUGUGUGACAUGAGAUUUAUACAACGUUACCAACUGGAAAGACACAGUCUCACCCACACAGGGGUGAAGCCGUACGCUUGCACCAUGUGUGACAAGAGGUUUUUUCAGCGCUACCACCUGGCGAGACACAGCCUCACUCAUAUGGGUGUGAAACCUUAUGCUUGCACCAUGUGUGACAUGAAGUUUUGUCAGCGUUACCAUCUGACGAGACACAGCCUCACUCAUACUGGUGUGAAACCUUAUGCUUGCACCAUAUGCGACAAGAGGUUUUUUCAGCGCUACCACCUGGCGAGACACAGCCUCACUCAUAUGGGUGUGAAACCUUUUGCUUGCACCAUGUGUGACAUGAGGUUUGUUCAGCGCUACCACCUGGCCAGACACAGCCUCACUCAUACUGGUGUGAAACCUUAUGCUUGCACCAUGUGUGACAAGAGGUUUUUUCAGCGUUAUCACCUGGCAAGACACAGCCUCACUCAUAUGGGUGUGAAACCUUUUGCUUGCACCAUGUGUGACAUGAGGUUUGUUCAACGCUACCACCUGGCGAGACACAGCCUCACUCAUACGGGGGUGAAGCCGUAUGCUUGUUCCAUGUGUGACAUGAGGUUUAUUCAGCGUAACCACCUGGAGAGACACAGCCUCACUCACACGGGGGAGAAGCCAUUUGCGUGUGACAUGUGUGACAUGAGGUUUAUUCAGCGAUACCACCUGGAGAGACACAAGCGCGUGCACAGCGGAGAGAAACCCUACCAGUGUGAGCGCUGCCAGCAGAAUUUCUCAAGGACAGACCGUCUGCUGCGGCACCGUCGGCUGUGCCAAGGCCGGGGUGUAGCGAAAGUGGAGAACCAACCGUGUUGUGAACCUCGCCAAUAUGCCCAAGAAGCCCCACCCGCACCCCCGACCUGGAGCCCCAUGCACCCCCCUCCGGGUCGACUGGCCGUCUGACAUUCCAUGUUCGCUGCGCCCGUGUGGCCGCCAGACGCGGAAUUGGCCGACGGGCUUGAUGCUCUCUCUGAGCUGGGUGGCUCCAACACGGACUGACGAUGCAGCUCUAGUCUUGGAUUACUAAUAACUGCGGGACUUUUUUUUUUUCUUUUAACUGACCCUUCCGCCCCACCCCACCUCCAUAUUUUCUUAACGACAAGACUUUUCUGUGAUGAAGAGUGUUCCUGUUUUGUACUUAAUCUGUUUUUAUCCAGUGCAUCUACUAUUUGUUGGUACUCUGUAAUGACGGCAGUUUUUUUUUAAAUUGGAAAACAGAGGUGUAGUUGCAAGAAAAAGCAUUUCAUUGUGUCUCUUAGGCUCUGUCAUUUAAGUCCAAAUAUGGCUGGUGUUAACCAGAUCUUGUUGGCUGUGGCAGCUGUGUUUUAGUUGGUGUCACCAUGGCUACAGUAGCUUGAUCGGAACUCUAUUGUGAAGCCAUCUGGUUGAAUGACCAGUGUUCUUUGCCUCUAAUGACAGAGGUACACUGUUUGUAAAUAUUGCUAAUUCAUUCACAGUUGGACUUAAGUGGAUUUUUUGUUUAAUUUGGCCAAGAAUUACUUAUAAUCUUGCCAGCAAGUGGAUGUUAAUGUUAACCAGGACUUCCAUGGAGGUAAUAUGUGGGCACCUGGGUGGUCCCAUUCUAGCCACGUGUUGAUCCCCCUUGUUCGCAACCCUCACUUUGAGAUUUCUCUCUGUGUGAGAAUGUUCUUGUUUUAAAAAAAAAAAAAAAUUAACCUUUUCCUCAAUGAGUUAUUAUUUUGUAUAAGAUGUAUUUACAGAGACAAGGCCGCUUUUAUGUCACAGUGGACGUUUUUCCUCUAAACUCAUGUGGUUACAGAAUGUUGGUGACCCCCAGUGGGACACGAAAUGUCAUUGUCACUGAUGGGAAGUCACGUGAUGGUUCUUACCGAAGGAAGCCCGGUCUGGUGAAACCAACACUGCUGCGCACUAACCAUUGCCUUUUUAAUGCAGAUAUUAUGUGCUUGGUGUGUUUUAACAGGUGUAUGUCAUAUCAUUGGGUGUAGCCUUAACAAAGUGCGGAUACACAAAUAAUCAUUGUGAUGCUAAACAUUAUUGUAAUGAGCAUUUUUGAUGUACUGGCAAAGGCAGAGAGGCUCCAUCACGGCUGCUUUACUCCCUGCUGAUUAAUUUCUCAAACUUGACCCUCCUUGAGUUGUGAGCUCAUUCAUGAGAAAGAGCUUUGUGUACAUAAGACAUUCUUGAGGUUGACUGAAUGUAAGAUAGGUGCAAUCCGAGGGUGUAUUCGUUCCUCUGUGUUUGCCAGAAAGACACUAUGUUCAAUAUAAAGGAACAGUGUUGAUUUCACAUUGCUGUGUUUACAGCAGACUGACUGACGGAGGGUCAGCUUUGAGGAAUCCUUCCACACUCUUCCAGCUGUGCACAAAGCAUGCGGCUGGUGCAUAGUGACAAUUGUUAAAAGGGCGAUACAGUACUUGUUGUCUGUUUAGUUUUUACUAGGACCAUGCAAAAGAACCCUGACGUCUCAAUCACUUGUUCUUAGCCUUGAGGUUUUAAUUUUUCACUCGAGUCAAACGUGGGUCCGAGUUUUAUUGCAAGUACCUUUUUAUUCUAAAAUUGUAAACACUGGAGUGAGAGGGCAAAACGCAAACCGACUGAUAGAUAUUUUUUGUUCCCUUCAAACUGUACUCUGUUUUAGACAAAGCCUUUUUCUCCUCUGAGAAGAUGAACGGAACAAUUUGGAUCAGUACAUUUGACAGCCCAUUAAGGUUGCUUUUUUGAAGACGGUUGACAAAGAAAAAGAUUCCUUUUCAUGCAAAGUCCCUGGUAUUUGUAGUAAAUUAUAUUGAACAUGGUAUUAGGAAAAUGAUGGCCUAACGGUAGCUAUCACAGAUUAGUUGUUUUCUUUAUUAGUCUUGCAUGCAAAGUUAUGGUCCUCAGUUGAAAUAAUAGAAUAUUGAUAUUGCUUAUUUUGUGUAGGAAAAAAAGAGUGCAUACAAGUAACUUCCUAAAACUGUUACAAUAAUUCUUGUAAAAUGGGCUAACUAAUAUGUACCCUUGUGAUCCAAUUAGUUUCAACCGUAAGGACAUCGGAGGAGAGGCUUCUUACUAUUAUGCUGAAAUAAAUACAUUUGUUAAGGA